AAUAAUAAACCUUUGAGUGACGCUUCUUCUUCCUUCUAGCUCCGCGCCGCUUACUCGACCUCUCGGGUGGAAAAACCUCUCUAUAACUAGCUCCUUCGCCUCGUUAGACCAAUCAUCUGGUUUAUUUUCACCGAGUUGAUCGCGUCUAACAACACAUAAAGCCCUAAUAAUCUCGCACAAUGGGUCAGGACAGCAACGAAACCAAGACGAAGAGGAAGAGAGGAGGUAGAAGCAAGGAGAAGAAGAGUACUGAGAAAGUAGUCACUACCGAAGAGCAGAAGAAGCAGCACCAGCAACAACAAGGGAAUGGUAGCAAUCCAAGCAAGAAGAAGAAGAAGAGCCAAGAGUUUUGUCCUUUCGGAAACUACAAAAACUACUAUGGCUACAGAAUUAGCAAUGAUAUGGAUGAGGAUCCUAGGCUUAAAGUGUUGAAGAAAGAAUGGUUUCAAGGCAAGGAUUGUCUCGACAUCGGCUGCAAUAGCGGCGUCAUGACUAUCCAUAUUGCUAAGAAGUUUGGUUGCCGGAGCAUUCUUGGAGUUGAUAUUGAUUCAAGUCUCAUUGAGGUUGCUCGCUGGCGUCUUAGGAAUUUUAUUAGGACGCAGAAUCAAGGUGAAAAGAAGACUGCUGGGGCUGAUGGUUCGAAGGAGCAAUCUCUUUCUCUCUCUGAUGGCAGCAGCGCAGAAACUAAAGACCUGUUUCAGGUUGUGUCGUUUCAGAAGGAGAAUUUUGUUCAGACUCGAAACCUUGACGAGAAUCGUUAUGAUACAAUUCUAUGUUUGAGUGUGACAAAAUGGGUUCAUUUGAACUGGGGUGAUGAUGGUUUGAUCUCCUUGUUCUCUAAAAUUUGGCGUCUUCUUAAUCCGGGUGGUGUAUUUGUAAUGGAACCUCAGCCUUGGAAAUCUUAUGAAAAGAAUCGCCGUGUCUCAGAGACAACUGCAAUGAACUACCGAAACAUUGUGUUACGUCCAGAGCAUUUCCAAAAUAUUCUUCUUGAUAAGAUUGGGUUUAGAACAGUGGAGGAUCUUACAUCAAGCUUGUCAGGCGUAAGCAAAGGGUUUGACAGACAGGUCCUUGCAUUCCAGAAAUGAACAUAACAAGCAAGAGGCUACAACUGAAGAAGAACCAGUUGAUUUUUUGUUUAAAAGCCUUAAGAAAAUUAAAUUAAUUUGCGGUUGCAUGACUGAACACAAGAUUUGAAGAAUAACUAAUAUGUAAUGGGUUAUUUUGCUACUGCUUAGGUUUUUUAAUCCAACUCCAAAGAGGUUCUCCUUUUUGUA